GUGAUGCGUAGGUGCGAGCAACAUUUUGUUCAAAAAUGGGAAAGCGUAAUUUGAAAUGUUACCGCGGAUUGGUCGAUAUGUUUAAUACAAGACAAGUCACGCCUACGCCCAGUAUAUUUGAAAAUUUGGACCCCAAAAGUGCGCUGGAGACGUUCAGCGUUUGGCUACGGGCACAUGAAGAUGUACAGGUAAUGCUGGCAAGUGUGAUCGUGGUGAUCGGGAUUUGGUGGUUCGUGCGCACCAUCCUGUCGUUAAUCAUCAAUCUGGUCUGUCCACUUUUGGUCGUAGCCUUGGCUGUGGUUUGUGUACCGCAACUGAGAGGCCCGCUUAUGGGUGAGAAUUAUCCGCUACUCGCAAACCUCCUGAGAAACAUCUUGCUGAAGUUAGCUGAAAACAUAAAAACUUGACGGCUGUCAUAUAAAUGGAUUG